GGUUCCAUAAAUGAAAAGGCUCAGAGUCUGCGCGCCAACUCAGUGACCAGAGGCACCAAGACCCUCCAGCUGAGAGGAGAGACCACCGACACGACCCUGUCACCUCACCUGUCUCAGCAGUGCGUCAGGGAGUUGGAAAGGCACAGCCAUGCUUGCUGCGUGCUUGGAGUUCGUCGGCCUGGCGCUGUGCCUCACGGGCACCCUGCUGGUUAUGGUCGCCUGCGGGCUGCCGAUGUGGAAGGUGACCGCUUUCAUCGACUCGAACAUCGUGGUGGCCCAGACCAUCUGGGACGGCCUGUGGAUGUCCUGCGUGGUCCAGAGCACCGGGCAGAUGCAGUGCAAAGUCCACGACUCGGUCCUGUCCCUGACGCAGGACCUGCAGACGGCGCGGGCGCUGACGGUCAUCUCGGCAGUGCUGGCGGUGAUCGCCCUCACGGUGACGGUGGCCGGGGCGCAGUGUACCAACUGCAUCAGGGAAGAGACCGUGAAGGCAAAAGUGGUGAACACCGGGGGGGUCCUCUACAUCCUCAGCGGCCUGUUUGUGCUGGUGCCGCUCUGCUGGAUGGCCAACAGCAUCAUAGUGGACUUCUACGACCCGCAGGUGCCUCCGUCCAAGAAGCGGGAGAUCGGGGCGGCGAUCUACAUCGGCUGGGCGGCCACCGCGCUGCUGCUGCUCGGCGGGACCCUGCUCUGCUGCUCCUUCUCUCAGGCGGUGAGGGGCGCGUAUCCCAUCAAAUACGCCCCCACCAAGACCAUCACAGUGAACAGCGACUUUGACAAGAAGCAUUAUGUGUAGAGUCGAAGUUUCACAUUGGGGACCUUUCGUUUUCGGGCUGAGCUGGGACAUUUCUGCUGUUAAAGUCCGAGGUGAUAUGUGCCAAAGAGCAGGGUCAUACCUGGUGACGCCCAAGUGAUGCUCAACAGACGUUGAAGCACAUUGUGACUGUAACUCUUGUACUAUGCAUGAUCUGAAUGUAAUUUCUCUGGGGGGGUUUUCAUGCAGCAGAAGUUGUUGGUGCUGCGAGUGCUUUAAUCAGGUCAGGGUGCAGGUUGGGUCAAGUGUGGACCCUCAGCUGAAUAUCUUCUUCUGGACUAAGUUUGCUCAGUUCCCACAGUGAACAUGCAGCAGACAGUGGAGCCCAUCAGACCGACGUGCACUCAUGUUGUGAUCAGAGGAGGGAAUUUGCAUUUGAAUACAUGUACAGUGUUUUGACCUUCAUGUCUUUUUUCAAGUCUCUCAAUAGACACAUUUUCUAAUAAAAACAUGUAACUGUC